GGGGAUGCUGACGAAGGCUUGUGAGGCUGAGAAGACAAAUUGCCCUCAUCAUUAUCUCCGGGCUUGUCAAUCAAACAUAUUCCCUUAUUUACCUCGGCGAGGAGAGAGCCCCGGGAGCACACGGACAGGGAGGGAGCGAGAGGAGAGCUGCUUGUCCCAAACUCCGCACUGGGGAGGGAGCAUUUCCAGCCCCUCGGGAUGGCCACCAUCACCUGCAAUCGCUUCACCGAGGAGUACCAGCUCUUCGAGGAACUGGGCAAGGGCGCUUUCUCCAUCGUCCGGAGAUGCGUGAAGGUGUUGGCAGGACAAGAGUAUGCGGCCAAGAUCAUCAACACCAAGAAGCUGUCUGCUCGAGAUCACCAGAAGCUGGAACGAGAAGCCCGGAUCUGCCGCCUCCUGAAGCACCCCAACAUUGUGAGGCUCCACGACAGCAUCUCCGAAGAGGGCCACCACUACCUGAUAUUUGACCUGGUCACUGGCGGGGAGCUCUUUGAGGACAUUGUGGCCAGGGAGUACUACAGCGAAGCGGAUGCCAGCCACUGCAUCCAGCAGAUCCUGGAGGCCGUCCUGCACUGCCACCAGAUGGGGGUGGUCCACCGGGAUCUGAAGCCUGAGAACCUGCUGCUGGCAUCCAAGCUGAAGGGUGCCGCCGUCAAGCUGGCUGACUUCGGCCUUGCCAUCGAGGUGGAGGGGGACCAGCAAGCGUGGUUUGGUUUCGCUGGCACCCCGGGAUACCUCUCCCCCGAGGUGCUCCGGAAGGACCCCUACGGCAAAGCCGUGGACCUGUGGGCUUGCGGCGUCAUCCUCUACAUCCUUCUGGUUGGGUACCCGCCCUUUUGGGAUGAAGACCAGCACCGACUCUAUCAGCAGAUCAAGGCUGGGGCUUAUGAUUUCCCCUCCCCUGAGUGGGACACGGUCACUCCUGAAGCGAAGGAUCUCAUCAACAAGAUGUUGACCAUAAACCCGUCCAAGCGCAUCACGGCAGCGGAGGCUCUGAAGCACCCCUGGAUAUCGCACCGUGCCACCGUGGCGUCAUGCAUGCACAGGCAGGAGACGGUGGAUUGCCUGAAGAAGUUCAAUGCCCGGAGGAAGCUGAAGGGAGCCAUCCUCACCACCAUGCUGGCCACCAGGAACUUCUCCGGAGGCAAAAGCGGUGGCAACAAGAAGAAUGACGGCGUGAAGAAAAGAAAGUCCAGUUCCAGCGUUCAGUUAAUGGAAUCGUCGGAGAGCACCAACACCACCAUUGAGGAUGAAGACACCAAAGUACGGAAGCAAGAAAUCAUUAAAGUCACAGAGCAGCUGAUCGAAGCAAUAAGCAACGGCGACUUUGAGUCCUACACGAAGAUGUGCGACCCUGGGAUGACUGCCUUCGAGCCCGAGGCUCUGGGCAACCUCGUGGAAGGCCUGGAUUUCCACCGAUUCUACUUUGAAAACCUGUGGUCCCGGAACAGCAAGCCCGUGCACACAACGAUCCUCAACCCCCACAUCCACCUGAUGGGCGACGAGUCCGCCUGCAUCGCCUACAUCCGCAUCACGCAGUACGUGGACGCGGGAGGGAUCCCCCGCACCGCCCAGUCUGAGGAGACCCGCAUCUGGCACCGCCGGGAUGGCAAAUGGCAAAUUGUCCACUUCCACAGAUCUGGGGCGCCCUCCGUCCUACCGCAGUAAGCCCUCUGAAGCGCGGUCCUGCCCGUGUGGGGUUUGUCACUGACUGACUACCAAGAGGAGACCUCCUCCGACAUCUUCACCUACGGGACUUUGGCUGUUGGCUCUGCUGCUUGGUUCCCGCUGGAAUAACCCCCUGCUUCUCACCGCACACAUGCAACGGUCCCACCGGUGCCGCGCAAGCAUCCCAUUGAACCCCCCCACCCCACCGGGGCCUGGCACUGGGCCCCCUUCCUCUGCAUGAACCAGGAAAAGAGAAACCAUGAACCUAAACCCGAGCACCUGGCCGGUGAGAUGACACGUGCCGGGGUAACGGCCUCCCUCCUCGGCUGCAUGGCGUUGGUGGGACCCUCCACUACCCGGCACGUCUCCUGAAUUGGGCUCGGACUCGUCAUCCGCCUCCAUCCCCACCUCUGCUGGGAGUCCCCCUGAGGAAGAGGAGGGCAGGGGGGCAGUUUUGAGCUGCUCUGUGCCGCACCCUCUCUGCGCACUGGUGGAUUUUGCUUCGCUGCUAUUGAAGUCCCCAUCAGCCACCGUGGCUCCCGCCUGCUCCCAACCCAAGCUCCUGCUUCCUGGAAGCCUCGGCCGGGGAACCGCGGUUUAAACCAUUUGCAAAGUCCAUAUUCCAUGCACCCCUGGGCAAGGAGGGCACUGUUCGGAUGGGUGAGUAAAGGCUAUCCAUUUAUUUUCCCUUCCCAGGAGCGUAGGCGUGGCUCCUUCCCAGGAGAGCGAGUAGGUUUUGCGCCCUGGCUCCGGGCGGCUGCCAUGCCGAGAGGGAUGCUCUCCCUCCUCCCUCCCUUCUCCCCUCGGAGCAGGGACCGGCGAUGCCGGGAGAAGAGAGGAGGAGAAAGAUGACUGCUUCCCAGCACCGUGUGGGCACAGCCGGGAGCCGGGGCUCUCUCAGCCGUGCCAUGGCGGUAGCACCACUCUCGCGUCCUCCUUCCCAUCCACCACCCAGCCUGGAUCCUGCACCCCCAGCCCCCCAAGCACCCACCUCUGCCCCUCGCAUGCUCCCCCGAGCUGGGACGGGGGCAGCCGAGCCGGCCGCUGAUUUCGGGGCACAAACCUCCAUCCAUCGUCCACACGACUCCUUCCAGCGACGACGAGGAAUGCAAGCUUUAUAAAGUCACAAAACUCUGCGGAAUCUGAUCGUGCUUCGAAGAAAACAAACAAGCCUUUAGCUGUCUUCUACUUUGAGCGCAUGCCUUUUUAUAGGGAAGAGAAAACGACCUACCGUGUAUUUCGUAACUUGAUUUUGAGUAUUUGCUGAAAUGGAUCUUUAUGUAAUAACUAGAAACAUUCAACUGUUUAGGGCGGGGAGGGUGGGGGGAUUUUUGGGGGUUGCUGUUUUUCAUUGCGUUUACAUUUGGAGAGGGGUUGCGCCGUCACGAUGCUCCUACCGGGGGGUCCAGCGGCUGCCAGCCCCCACGUGGCUCAUCGCAUCCCGUCCCGCAGCUCCGGGCGGGUGAAGGCACCCACCUCCCCGGGGCACCCCCCUCUCCAGGGGCACCUUCCCGCACCCCACGGGUCUUCCUGCAGGGGCAAACCCAGGCGGUGGCUCUUGGGGAGCCACCGGGAUGCGGCUUUCAGGACAGAAGACAUGGCCGGGAAGGGGAAUUUUGGUCUCACCUCUUUGCCGUCAGGUAGAGGUGCGAGGGUGGGUAUUUUUCCGGCAAUUCUUCCGUUUCUUGUUCUCUUUUUUUCUGGCUGGAACCCCUUUGCUCGUUGAUGUGAGACUCCUGCAGCGCUGCUGCCCCGGGGGACUUUCAAGCUGCACUCUCUUCAUCUGCAUGGCGUUUAACUUUCUAGACGGUGCGUGUGUUGAAAAACAAAAAAACGAACAAAAACCCGCUUGUUUUGGACAUAAAAAGAAAAAAAAAAAGGAAAACAAAAAAAGGAAAAAAAAAAAAAAGGAAAUGUUUUCUCCAUGUAAAUUCUGAGCGUGUAUUUUGCCUUUUCUGUGGUUUUGAACGCUUUGCUCUCUGUCGAGGCAGGGACGGCUGCUGCGCGGAAUGCAGCCGCAUCUUUGUAGACUGCGAAAAUAUUUUCCCACUGGACGGAGGGGUAGAAAUCCAAACUGCUGGGGCAUGAACAGGCCCUGAGAGGUGUUUUGGUCUGUCCCGCUGUGCCGGCAGUGCGAUGGUUGCUUGCUGGCGAUGUGUGUAGGAAAUGCCUUUUUGGGGGGCAAAUCAGACAGGUUCUCCGUGGGUGCCAAUGCGCAUCCCCGUGCCCUUGGUGGACCUGUGCUGUUUGACCGUGGAGCUGCAUUGGCUUGCAAGAGAUGGCCCCAAAGCAGGGAAAUCCAUGGCAGGGAGAGGAUUAGCUUUUAAAGUAGAGUUUGGGUGUUUUUACAGAUCUGUUUUUCUUCCUGUAGUCACGUAGUGCUGAAUUUUUUUUCAUUUUUAAAGGAAGGACUCAGCUCUUUCACAGUUCUCUCUCUCCCUCUCCGGAGCUGGCUCUGAAGCCAGCCAUGGUGAGUGUCUCAUCCACCUCCCGGUGCCCAGGCUCUCUGGGUGUCAGGAAUAUUUCUGGGGAUCGGUAUGAGACGGAUGAGGAAGGGGGAGGUCACGGCAGGGCCCUGCAUGGGAGCUGUAGCGCAGAUGUGAUUUCAGCCUGGUUUUGGAGCUGCUGAUAGCUGUGGACCUUGGAUGGUCUGUGAGGGUGAAGCUGCUCCAGCAGCCGCUGCUGGAGAAAGGCCUGGGACAGGGGGUGCGGUGGGGUUUGCUGGGGAUGACAGACGAGAUGCUGGGGUAGGUACGAUCUCUUUUCACUGAGAGCCCAGUUUGGGCAGUCGCUGCUAGGGAGGAACAUCUUGGUUUCCAGGGAGGCUUUGAGCUGUCUUCUUGGAGGUGGUUUCUUCCUCUUUGAGGCUUCCCUACUGUCAUCUCUCCAGAGACAGGUUCCUCUGGAGGCAGCUGGAUGUCCUUGCAACACCUAAAAUGCUCCUGAUCCUUUCCAAGGGAAGCAGAGUCUGGGGUUUCAACUCCUUUCUAGUCUUCCAGUCGAGCUGAAGCCUGACCAAGGAAGACCCAACUUCCCAACCUGCCCAUGUUGGCAGCAUUAAGCACCUGCACUUUAGGGGUCUGUUCCGCCUGGUUUCUCUUCCUCACUUUGCCCUGCUUCUCCUGAGCAGGUUCCUGUAUCCCCAGAGCAUCUCUGAGCAAGCACAGAUAAACCACCACCCUUUCUUUUAGUAGCCAUGGUGAACAGCUUCUGUCUCUGUCUUCCUUCACAUUUCCUGAUUUCUCCUAAACUUGCAGGAAAACUAAAAAAGUAAAAUAAAUCACCAACUGCCACCAUCCUUCUUUGACUCACAGAGCCAGGGACGCUGCCCUUACAUCUGUACUUUUAAGCUGUUGGCACAGUCCCUCACACAUACUAACUGGCAUCGCCCCAACAAUCCCACCAUGGUUCUGGGGAUGACAAGGUCCAGGGCACGUUCCCAAUAAGCAAUAUGGACCAGGCCACCUAGUUGGGAUGUUGGGACGGACCUCCUGUCCCCAUCAGGCUGUGCCACGUUUUGUUUCCUGGUACAGACACAGCCCAACCCACCUUGUUGCCUGGCCAUCAGGGACAAACCAAACUCAGAAGUCCUCCAAACUGAUCAUCUCUUCCACCUCUUGCGGACCACAGGGGAUAUCUGAGUACAAGCACUUGAUGCGGUGGUCUCAGGCUCCCAGCUCUGCCGGUGGGCUUGGGGAUCGCCUGUUUUCCCUUUCUGGCUGCCAAGGUCCGGGUCCAGCUGCAACAUCAUCAUUUCUCAGGUCUUGCUGGUGUGGCUGCUCUGGAAGAAGAAGAGGCCACUCCUGGGCCUCUGCACUUUGAUGGAGGAGCAGGUGUUCCUCUCCUUACCCCAACCAGGCACAGCUGGGAGAGCUGCCUUUCCCCCCUGAGUAAAUGCCCCCCCUGCCAGGCACCAAACCCCCAUCUGACCCCAACCCUGCCUCCCCUCCCUUUGCCCUCCAUGAGUUGAUGGAGCCCCAGAGGUUGGAGCGGGCAGCAGCAGCCAUCUGCCCCCACUUUGAGCUCACGGUCUGCUCUGCAGCCCAUGGCAGGACCGCUGGGGAGGACCAGCGAGCAGCAGGGCUGUGUUUGAGAGGACAGCCACAUAGCCCCAUGGACCAAGGAAUGUGUGUCAGCAGACGAUCCCAUAACCGUCUCCUCUGAUCAUCCCAGGAGCCGAGCUAACCCUUCUUCCCCACCGCAGGUCACAUCUCGUGGUGUACACUGCUCUCUUGGUGCAACCACCAUGCUCCUGAUAGCAGGAUAGAGACCUUGCCAUUACCCAUUUCCGAAGGUACAGAUUCCAGCUCAUCCAUACCAGACAGGGAAACCCAGAUGCGAACAGGCUGUGGCAACAUCAGAGGUGGGGCUGGUGGCCCCUCUGCCAUCUGUCCCCCAAAGGCCACCCACCAGCUCCCUGCCCCUUGGCUGAAUGUCCUUCCCACCCACGGGUCGACAGGGAGUGGGAGAGGGGGCGGUGGAGGGAGCUAUAUUGAGCGGCCCCUUUCUUCUUUGGGUUGUUAUCCCUUUUUUCUAACUGUUGCACAAUUUUAGGGCUUUUGUAACAUUUUUUUGGACAAGCAGGGAAAAUACGUUAACAGUGGUUUAAGAGAAAAAUGAGAUAUCUCUCUCUUAUAUAUUAUAUAUAUAUAUAAAAAAAUAUAUAUACAUACAGGAAAUCUCUAUGGAAAUAUUUAUUUAAGAUGGUUACAAAAAAAUAUAUUAUAAUUCAGAGUAUACCAAGCUUUGUCAAGCAACAAAAAAAAUCAGGCCCCGGGGAGGGGUAGCUGCCUGUCCCCUCGUGUCUGUCAGUCCGUACGGUUGCAGCUGAAGCCUUUCUCUUAUCUUUUUGUAAGUGCACUCGAACUGUCGAGCAGUGUGACCGUGUUGGAUUCAGCGGGAGCUUGAUGCGGGCUGG